AAAAGAAAUGCAAUGCUCAGAGAGGUUAUGCAUAGGUGCGGACAGUCUGUUGAACUUCUUGAUGUCUCCAAUGAGCUUCCUCAUCUUAUUCGCCGCCCAGGUCUUAAGAGAUGGAAGGUUAAAGAUAAAGGGGUGUGGUUGACUUCUUACAAAGAUGUUCCGAAACAUUGAAGAGGUUCAAUUGUUUCUGGAAUGUUUCCUUCUAGGAAGACCCAUGUGGAUUCAUCUAUGGAUGAAGUGACCAGUACUGAAUUAUGUGCUGAUGGCUGUAACUGGAAUUUAAGAAGUGUGGAAGUCGAACAACCAACUCCCACUAACACCCUGGAAGAGGAAGUGUCCACAUUACCUUUAGAACGCUGUAUGAGGAUAAUGCCUCAUGAUCAGAACACCGGGGCUUUCUUUAUUGCUGUCUUUCACAAGCUUUCAAAUCCGUCAUUUAAUCAUAAAGACCUCGUUGAGAAGUCAACUGCUGAGAUCAAGGAUGCUUCAAAAGGGGUGGAAGCAGAGUCAGCAGAUAUUGGAGGCAUUCAACUUCCUGAAGGGACUAAAGAUGCAGAUUUACUUGAUAAAGAAACAGAUGACGCUGCUUUUUAUAAUAAUUCUGUUAAAACAUCUCAAGAAAAUGAAGUUGAUGAUGAUGUCCACCCCUCUAAUUAUACUAGUGUUAGUCCUAAAAUGGCUGGAAGAAAACGGAAGUUACAAACACAGGGCAAGCGGAGAGGGGUUGACCCAGUUAUCUUUUACAGGGAAAAUGAAGUUACAAAUAAGAUUCGAGAUUUUUAUGGCAUAAAAGAAACCUUUCCCUUUGAUGGGCAUCUCAUUACCAGAAACAGUGAUGUUAACAAUGUGAAGCGAAUCUACUACGUAUCCAAGUCUGUGAAGGAGGUUCUUGAACUCAAUUUUCUUGCCAAGCAGCAGCUUAAGAUAGCUUCAGUUGGUCUGAAGAUGUUUGAACGACAAACAUCUAAAGACGGUGCAUCUGCACCAUGCGCAUUUUGCAUUUCAUCUGAAGGAGUGCCACUUCUAUUGCCACACAUAACAAAACAAGUUUUAUGCACAUCUCUAGUAGACUUCAAACAUCUAUUGCAGUACAAAAACAUCAAAUUCGCCGAUUUUGUUGAUUCAAACACCGGAGGAAAGGCUUCAAACCUAUCGUUGGGUUGCUGUGUGGUGGUUUUAGACAAUACAGAUCAGAAGACUGCAAUUGCAUGCUGGAGAGGGACUAGCAUAUCUGUGAUGGUCUCUUCGCUCGAAUGUCAAGAACUAUUAGAAAGAAUGUCUAAGUACACAAGAGCAGAGUUGAUGCCAUCUUUACAUGGAAUCACCCAAUCUUUUGUUGAGGCAGAAGAUCAGACAAGAGAUGCUCCUGAAAGUACAGAAAAUUCUGAAAGCCCCAUUGUUUAGGGUAAUUUAUUUUACUCACCAUUUACAUUGAGAUUUUGUUUUGCAAGAUAUUACUGAUUCUCUGCAGACAUAGUUACCCUCAUUUAUGUGGAUUUCAUAUGGAGAGAUUUCAUAAUUAAUUGUUUUGUGAGAUUAAUGUUAGUCUGAAUUUAGUGUUAAUUAUAUGAAUGGAAUCCUGAAUUGAUCAGCUACCCUAAGUAAACAAGUCCUAAUCAAGUUGUAAUUAAUGU